AGCAAGGAGAGCGCUCGAGCGAGUCGAGAAGCACCAGCGCGAGAACGACCAGAGCAGAGAAGUGGACAUUACAGACACAUACACAGAGCUCUCUACUACAGCUACAGCAGUUUUAUCACUCGGACUUCAUACAGUUUAUUCCAGCGUCAGAGAGAAGCGGGAAAAAAGUUUGGAGAGAUGCAGUCAGUGUACCAGCACCUCAUCAGCCUGCUGUUUGUCUUUGGCAGCCUGCACGUUCAGCUCACGGAGGGCUGCUCGUGCGCUCUGACACACCCGCAAGAUGCCUUCUGUAACUCCGACAUAGUGAUUCGAGCAAAAGUGGUCGGCAAGAAGCUCCUGAGGGACGGACCUUUUGGAACGAUGCGCUACACGGUCAAGCAGAUGAAGAUGUACAAAGGAUUCGACAAAGUCCAGCACGUGCAGCACAUCUACACGGACGCCUCAGAGAGUUUGUGCGGCGUUAAGUUUGACAUCAACAAGUACCAGUAUCUGAUCACAGGUCGAGUGUACGAUGGAAAGGUCUACACCGGACUGUGCAACUUCAACGAGCGAUGGGAGCGCCUCUCAUUGGCCCAGAAAAAAGGCAUCAACCACCGUUAUCAGCUCGGCUGCAACUGCAGGAUUAAGCCCUGCCACUACCUGCCCUGCUUUGUGACAUCAAAGAACGAGUGCCUAUGGACGGACAUGUUGUCCCACUUUGGCUACCCCGGCUACCAGUCCCGGCACUAUGCCUGCAUCCAGCAGAAGGAAGGCUAUUGCAGCUGGUACCGGGGCAUGACCGCACGUGACAAAACCACCAUCAACACCACCGACCCCUGAGCCCUGAAUCUUGCCGUCCAGAAUCCACUGCCGAGUCCCUGUGUCCGUCCCAUCCUUUCAAUUUUAGAGAAUUGCAGGACUCUUUAAGCUCACUGGCCUGGGUGACAGCCUCUUUUAAGGGGCCAUAAAAAGAGAACAGAACAAAUCCAUUACAGUGCCUGUUUCGUAGCACUUCUGAUCGAAAAACAAUACCUUUUUUUGUCCUUUUUGAAUUUUAUCAAAUUUCCCUACCAUAAAUUCUCAGCUUACAUGGGUAAAUUAUAAUUUAUAUGGGUAAAUUAGCCACCAGCAGUUAGCCUAUUGCUAACCUAGUAUUAUUGUUUUUGUACAGUUUUAGCUCCCAACAACUGAAAGUAUUGAACUAGUCUACAAUACAAAUCGAGUGCCAAUGUGAGGUUUUACCCCUGGAAGUUAUGCCUCUUAUUCUGGCUGAAAUCACGUUUUGAAAAUGGUAUUGUUUUACAGUGAAGUACACAUAGAUUAUGUUGACAGUUUUUACUGUAACGUGUUUUUAUGAACGGUCGUUUCUCUGCGUACCUGAAUGUUUGCGAUGUAACUCAUUUUGCAGUUACAUGACAAACAGCGCCCUCUAUUGAGCACUGAUGAAUAUCAGAGAAAUGCUAAAAUAUAUCUGCUACAGUGCCAACGCAGGGAAGAGCUCACUUCUUGCAGAGAUGAUUUUAUUUUAUUUUUGCUGUAUAUAACAUAAGCUACAGAAAUGAACUAUCAACUCAGCUGAAACCUCUGCCAUACUGUUAUUUAUAUGUUUAUUAGAUUACACAGUAACCAUGUGGUGUAUCUGCAAAAAAAGACAAACUAUGAUAUAAUAACCAGUCAGAACUACAUUGUGACAACCAUUAAAGCAACCGUCCAGAAUGAAGGACCAGUUUACCCAGUGGCUCGGUACUUAUGGUACUUUUUGGUUGGCUAGGUCAUAUUAGUUCCUUUGGCUGGUACUCUUCACAGAAGACAAAGUCAAGCAAAAGCAGAGGUUUCAGAAAAUAAGAUAUUUUGUAAGUGUAUAUUCAAUCUUUUUGUAUUUAACUAUUGCAAAUGAACAUAUUAUAUAUAUAUAUAUAUAUAGAUAUAUAUAUAUAUCUAUAUAUAUAUAUAUAUAUAUAAAUGAAAGUAACAAUAUUGUCACUAAAUUCAUUCUUCUUCACCUCUUCCACCAAGGCUUUUUUUUCAUUAUUUCUUCCCAGUGCCGUACCUUCAGUCCAUUCCAUUUCUAGACACAGAUUUGCCUCAAAGGGAGAAAUGGCCCCUUCAUUGAAAAAUGUUAAAAACAUGGUACUGCUAAUCAGCACAGGGAGUUUUGUUAUGAUUGCAAUCAUAAAAACAAGAUAAUUAAUGGUUACUGUUUCUCAUGCUGUGUUGCUUUUUUGUCAUAAGUUUUGUUUUGGUAACUCCUUAAAGCAAAACGUGCGUUGUGACCCCCCCACCAAAUGUAAAUUUAAGUGAGGAGCAGAGGGAGCGGCAGCCUGCACUUACAUUAAUUUUUUUAAAAAUGAGAAAGCAAAACUAGAUCAGUAGUUCCCAACCUUUAUUUUUUUCCUGGAUUCUCCCACCCCCAAGACCCAUACGAAUUAAAAAGUGAGAAAUUGCUGUCAAAAGUCAACAUCAGUCUUCACUGUUUAAUAGGAAAAACCCAAGGAAAAUAGGUCUACUUUUUUAACAUACCAUGAUGUUUGUAUUAAAUAUGUAAGAGAAGUUUUGCCACAAAUUUUGAUAUUAUGCAACAUUCUUAUUUUGGCAACCUUUGUGCAGACAAAGCCUCAAGAUAUUUGCCGCCCCUUCUAGGGGUCGAAGCAGUUGGGAAGCAGUGAACUAGAUGAUAGAAAGGCCACUGCUGGUAAACAAAAAAGGUAAAACAACCUCAGCUAUAUAUGGAACCACUUUGGUUUUAAUGAGUCUAAGAACAAUGAAAAUAACUUGCAUUAUUUGCUACUCAGUUGUGGCUGACAACUCAACAGAUGUAUGUAUUUCUUUGAAAAUCACACAAAGUAGCACAUUUUUAUCAGGAUCUCGGCAUUGAUCAAAAUAAUCGUGAUGAGGACUUUUGCCACAGUUGAGCAGCCUCACCGGAAAGAGAAGCAAUCAUCUUAGCUUACAGUUGCAUUGAUGCAGGAGACCACUAACAUAAAUCUGUUUAUUCAUAAUAAAAUUCAGCAAACAGAAUCUUUAAAGCGCCUGUGAUGACUUUUAGUUUGUGUUGCUUUUGGCGCCCCCUCUGGUUAUAGCGUUAACUUGCACAAUUGUUGUUUUCAGGCAAACUAUCUCACCCUCCUCUCUCUUAAAGCCAAUGUGAAUUUCAACCCAUGGAGAACGUGAAAAGCGUGCUUUGUGGGCUCUGUAUUUACGUUCUCUGACACCUACCCUGUGGCGGGUUGCAUCAACUUAAGUUUAACUGGAAACAGCUGAACACUGUUCUGUGUUGGUUUUGUACAGACACAAGGGGUGCCAAAAUCAAAACAUGAGCUUUAAUCAACAGACAUGAGAAAAGGUACAAGCAUUGUGAGAGUCUAACUUAUUACCAAAAAUGUCACAGACUUUAUAAACAUUUUUUUUCCAUUCAAAAUGACACUAGGGGUUUAAUUCUGACCUGACCUUCAAGGAGAAUAAAAAUAUAUAUAUAAAGUAAAAUAUGUAUAAUGUUUAAUGAAGAGGCUUUCUCUCCAGUUGUGGCAUUACUGUGUCAUUAUUUCUGUGGUUCACGGUUGUGUAAAUAUACUGUCUGCUUAACACAGAAACACUUGGUCAAGUUUGAUCCUUUAAAAAAAAAAAAAAAAUCCAAUCAAGGAAGCUGUGUACAGUCUGUGUGUAAACACUGAUUCCUGAAGUCUGCGGGGGGAUGUUUCCUUGUAGGGGUUAUAGAAAUGUUUGACUUCAUUUCUGUGUUUUAUAUUUUUAUAAUAAAGAUUUAAUGAAAAACUG